AUGAGGAAGAAGAAACAAAAGUCUGUUGCAGAGACUGAUACAGUUCAAGAUUUGGAUUCUGUGAUUCAGGACCAUACUCUUUUCUUUGACAAGUUGAUUGAACUCAUCCCUGCCAAGUUUUACCUUCCAGACGAUAAGGAUAAGCCGUGGUUUCAGGGUCUCAGCAAGGCUAAGAAAGCUGAGGCGAAGAGGGAAACUAAGGAGAAUAUUAAGAAGUCUCGAAGGGAACGGUUGGAUCCUGAAAAUCCCCCUGCCGCUACUCUUGACUUGUUGAAGCAGAACUUGGGUAAGGAGAAAGCGAAUGAGAGUAGUGAUCAGGAGGAUGGUGAAGCUAAGCCCAUUUCUCUUGAAGAUGAUCGGUCUGUGACUUACGAAGAGCUUCGGCAAAGGCUACAUCGUAAACUUGAGGAGUUUCGGUCAAGUCGCGAGAAUUCGGGGAGGGCAAAGAAGAGUGAGGAUAGAAAUGUGAAGAGAGGGUUUGAGGGCAGAAAACGCAAGAGGGGUAGUGAGAAUGAUGAAAAUAAAGCUGCGAACAAAGGGUCUAAAGAGAAAGCGAAGAAGGAUGCUGCCGAGACUUCAAAUGAGCUUGUGUUUGGCCAUGUCAAACUUACAGAUGGUGAGAUGCAAAAUAAGAAGAGGAGACUUUCAAAGCAUAAGGAACUUGAAAGGGCAAAGAAGCUGGAGGAAGAGAAGAAUGAUCCUGAGAAAGGUGAGGCUGCUGCAAAGAAGCAAUUGUGGAAAGCAGCAAUGGAUAGAGCUUCGGGGAUUAAGGUCCAUGAUGAUCCCAAGCUGUUAGAGAAAAGCAUUCGUAAAGAGAAGAAGAAGCAACAGAAGAAUGCAGAGAAAUGGAAAGAGAGAAUUCAAACACGGGACCAGUUGAAGGCAGAGAAGCAGCAAAAGCGAUCAAAUAAUAUUUCUGAGAGGAUUCAUCAUCAGAAGAUGCGUAAAAUUGCAAAGCGAGAGAAAAAGCUUUUGCGGCCUGGCUUUGAAGGUCGCAAGGAAGGGUUUAUCACCGAAGGUUCCAGUUAACUUAUUCCAACGUUGAUUGGUAUCUUUCCUUCAUAGAAUCAUAGUAUUUUGAGUGUUAGAAUAUGACAAAUACAACAAACAACAACAACAACAAAGCGUUGUCCCACUAGAUGGGGUCGGCUACAUGAAUCAAACGACGCCAUUGAGCUUUGUCAUAUAUCAUGUCUACAAAGAGACCGUUUACAUAUAGAUCUCGUUUGACCACU